AGACAAACCCAUCGCCACAAUGGCCACCACAUUACUUCCCUUCCUCUAUCAAACGAGGACCCUUUUACGCGCUGGCGCGAGACUCCCACGAGUGACACUCACAGUCACUCCACGUUCACGUCCCCUCCACACAUGCCACCGCCUGGCUCGUCAACCGCGAGACGACGACCUCGAAAACGUUCCCUUCCUCUGGGACGAAAAGUCCGAACAGGCCUACAAAGAUGAACUGGCAGCGAAGAGUGGGAAGAGGUACAGGUACACUGACGACGAUGCCCGCGGCGAGGAUGCCGUGUCGUCGACCAUCACGCCAGCGGAGGAACGGACCUUUCGCGAAAUCUUCACCAACAUAGCCCGCGGCAGCGUUGCCCGAGCUGCUUCCGUCACCCUUGCCAACCCCGAGGAGACCAAGAAGACUCAAUUGCGCAUUCUCGACAUCCUGCGCGAUGCCGCCGGCGAAGGGGUCCGCAAGACUGGUUCCUCGGCGGCCGCCGAUGAGCGCCACACCAUCCAUCUCGAUACCGACGCCGAGUCCAUCCCGGAGUGGAUGAUGAAGUACCCUCCCUCGCUGCGCAGGUCUGCUCGCGCCGCUUUCGAUCCCCUGGGUGCUAGUCGUCGUCGUACGCAGUCGGUACGCGGGGAAGAGGAACUGGAGCAGGAGCAGGAGCAGGAGGAACACGUCGACCCGGAGGCCACCCAGCCAUCUGCGGAACAUCAAGCAAUCCGCGACCAAGCCGUUCAGCGGAUGGACGCCCUCCUCCGCGCAUGCCGGACCGAUUUCGAGGUGUGGGAUCUCCUAGAACGGGAGGUCUUCUCCAUGACGAAGCGUCUCGGUAUAAUGGACCCGGGGUCACAGCAUGAGUCCACCGAACCGCCAGCCGCUCCUGAGAACGACGCGCCGCAAAGCGCUUCCGCUACCCCAGAGCUCUCCAUCGAGAUCCACGGACCUCUCUACUCCGUCCACCUCCUCCAAAGCCUCCGAACUCUCGACGGGGGGUUUUCCCGCCCUUCGCCGCUCGCUCUGAGCAUGCUCCCCCGCAUCCGCGAGCUGGGUCUCGCCUCGUACGUCCUCGGCGCAUCGACGCCCUUCUACAACGAACUCUGCGCCAUCAUGUGGCGCCGCCACGGAGAUGUGCGUGGCGUCAUCGCCCUCCUCCGGGAGAUGAUGUACGUCGGCUUGAGCUUCGACCAGGAUACCCUGGACCUGGUGCACGAGAUGGAGACGGCGCUGGACGCGAUGGGCCAGGACGGCGCGCGGCCUUUCUCCAAGGUGCUGGCCACGAUGCCGGACUACAGCAUCGAUGUGCAGUCGCAGCUGGCCAAGCUUGCCAACAAGGUUGAAGCGGCCGUUCGACUGAGAUAGGAUUCGGGGGACGCUAUCAUUGUAUUAUUACCCUCAACUAUCAUUACCAUACCAUACUGCUACCAUAACUGAAACAUGCUCAUCGUGCGAGGCGGCAGCUAAAUGGUACAAAACUUAUAUAUAUAUUGUACGAAUACUCCCUGUUUUUACUAUA